UGAUUUCUUUUUACAGUCAAUCUAACCGAAGUCUCUUUGCUGCCUUAAAAUCUUCGGAGAGGGCCCGCCUUCCAGCAUUCUUAGUGCUGGAGCACCUGGGUGGUCCAUCAUAAUGAAACGGCUGGCUUGGGUGCUCCUGGUGUGCUCCUAUGCAACGGCGUCAGCACAUAAAGAUCCCACUCUGGACCAUCACUGGAAUCUCUGGAAGAAAACCUACGGCAAACAAUACAAGGAAAAAAAUGAGGAAGUAGCACGGCGUCUUAUCUGGGAAAAGAAUCUAAAAUUAGUGAUGCUUCACAAUCUGGAACAUUCAAUGGGAAUGCAUUCAUAUGAUCUAGGCAUGAACCAUCUGGGAGACAUGACCAGUGAAGAAGUGAUAUCUUUGAUGGGUUGCCUGAGAGUCCCCAGCCAAUGGCAGAGAAAUGUCACUCACAAGUCAAACUCUAAUCAGAAAUUACCUGAUUCUGUGGACUGGAGAGAGAGGGGGUGUGUUACAGAAGUGAAAUACCAGGGCUCUUGCGGUGCUUGCUGGGCUUUCAGCGCUGUGGGGGCUCUGGAGGCACAGCUGAAGCUGAAAACAGGCAACCUGGUGUCUCUGAGUGCACAGAACCUGGUAGACUGCUCGACCGAAAAAUAUGGGAAUAAAGGCUGCCAUGGUGGCUUCAUGACAGAGGCUUUCCAGUACAUUAUUGAUAACAACGGCAUCGAUUCAGACGCUUCCUAUCCCUACAAAGCCGUGGAUGGAAAGUGCCGAUAUGACUCAAAAAAUCGAGCUGCCACAUGUUCAAAGUACACUGAACUUCCCUUUGGCAGUGAAGAGGACUUGAAAGAAGCUGUAGCCAAUAAAGGACCUGUGUCUGUUGCUAUAGAUGCGAGCCACUCCUCUUUCUUCCUCUACAGAAGUGGUGUCUACUACGAGCCAGCUUGUACUCAGACUGUGAAUCAUGGUGUAUUAGUCGUUGGCUAUGGUAAUCUUAAUGGGAAAGACUACUGGCUUGUGAAAAACAGCUGGGGCCUGAACUUUGGUGACCGAGGAUAUAUCCGAAUGGCAAGAAACAGUGGAAAUCAUUGUGGGAUUGCCAAUUAUGCCUCUUACCCAGAAAUCUAGAGGGUCUCUUCAUCUUAUAACAAGUCAAGAAAAGAAACACUUUCUCUUAAUUUUACCUGCUAUAAACAGUAGAAAUAAGAGAAUCAUGAUCAAUGUAUAUUUAAUGUACUAACAAAAUAUAUAGUUUGACUCUUCUACUUUUUUAACUUUGACUUAUGGACAAGUUUUGCCACGUAAAUCAACAAUACAUUAUAGAUAUAUCUGUAUGAGAAUGGGUAAACCUAAGGCAAUCUGUCAUUUGUUUUGUCACUGUCUUAUUUUAAAUGCUUUGUCUUUUUAAGUUCCCUGAUGUACUUUUGUAAUAUGAUGACAUAUAAAUGCUUAAUAAAUAUCUCUUUCAUCUUUGUAUCAUUACCA